CUGCUGCCCGCAGCAUUCUCUCGGUAUGGAAUGAUUGAUAAUGAAUGUAUAUCCUUGCAGCAUGCCUUUCAGGGUAAAAAAGGGUAACCUGAUUUGGUCUACGUUGAGGAACAAGACACUCUUAUCAUUACCAUGUCUUUCUAGGAGGGAUCUUAUUUCGCUCUCACUCAUACCCGAAUACCCGGGCCGAGUGCAGGCCGUGAAACGCCCAAACAACGGCUUAGUAGACAUAUUGGAUGAUUCAAAGAGCAAGGAAGAAAUUGAUAUUCCCAUGAUUGGUAAUCGUAUAUGGCAACAGAUUUCCCGGAGAACCCCCCUCCCCAUCGACCCACGGUAGGCUAUUAACAAUAGGCUAUUGCUAUUGAGGGAGUCUCCC